AUGGCCACCCACCCACCCACCCCCGAGAUAACCCUCUACUUCGACCUCGUCAGCCCAUUCAGCUACAUCGCAUUCCAAAUCCUCAAGAACUCUCCAAUCUUCCAAAGCUGCAAAAUAAUCUACACCCCAGUCUCCCUGCGCACCAUCCUCACUACCUGCGGAAGCCCUCCACCCAUUGCCGUCAAAAACAAACUAAUCUACAUCAACCGCCACCGCCUCGCCUGGUCCCGUCGCCUCAAUAUACCCAUGUCCCAGACCGUACCCGCGGGUUUCCCCUUCCCAACGACCGAUAUCCAGUCCCUCCUUGCACUCGUCGCCGUGUCCCAUCCGGAGAAAGUGGUGGAGGUGGUGGAGCGACUGUAUACCUCCGUCUGGGCGGACGGCGACUCGGCUUCGGCCACGGAGUCUGAGGGGUACACGAAGGUUCUCGAAGAUGUGUUGGGUGGAGAUGUCGUGGAGGUGCUGAUGGCUGAGGAGAAACAAACCGAAGGGAAGACCCUGUUAGAGGCGAACACGCAUCGAGCGAUUGAGGAGGGGGCUUUCGGAUUGCCGUGGCUGGCGUGCACGAGUCCGACCGGGGAGAAGGAGGGAUUCUGGGGUGUGGAUCAUCUGGGACUGGCGGCGGAGUUUCUAGGGUUGGAUGUUGGGAUGGAGGGUGGAUUUCAGGUUAUGAUGAAGUGAUUGAGUUCACUCUGGGAUCUAUAAAGAAUGUGGGAGUUUCUUCUCUCAGAGGCGAAACCUUCCUCCAAGGUGAAUGUUAGAUAGACAGAUAUAGAUUGUAGGUAGAUAAUGU